CACAGUAAUCUCUCCGGUGCAACCCAAUGUUAUUCUGAUUUCUAAUCUCUGAGCCACAGUUUCUGUCUCUGUUAAGAAACCACCCUUUUUCUGUAUCUUUCUUCUUCUUCUUGAAGCAGAGCCGCAAAUGCUUCCCUUUCGGUUACGCGCCGUCGGUUUGUUAGUUCUUGUUUGUUGUUUUUUGCCGCCGUUUUCCCUUGGGAUUCGGUCGUUUCCUACCAGGGUCGAUGUCGUCGGCGGCUCUGAAAUGGGCUUCGACGGUUUGGCCCGAUUCGCUGAGGCGCCGGACUACCGUAACGGAGCAGGGUGUCCUGUUUCGACCAAUAGAACCGACGUAACAUUGCGCUGUGACCCCUCUCUGGUUCACAUAGCCAUCACGCUAGAUUCCGGGUACUUACGUGGCUCCAUCGCCACAGUCCAUUCCAUCCUGAGGCACUCCUCAUGCCCUGAAAACGUCUUCUUCCACUUCAUCGCGGCGGAGUUUGACCCUGCAAGUCCUCGGGUCCUGGCCCGACUCGUCCGGACCACGUUCCCUUCCCUUAAUUUUAAGGUCUACAUUUUCAGGGAAGACACAGUGAUAAACCUCAUCUCCUCCUCCAUUCGCCAAGCCCUCGAGAACCCACUGAACUACGCGAGGAACUAUCUCGGCGACAUCCUUGAGCCAUGUGUGGAUCGGGUCAUCUACCUGGACUCCGACCUCGUCGUUGUCGACGACAUCCACAAGCUCUGGAACGUGACGCUAAGCGGGUCACGGGUCAUCGGAGCACCCGAGUACUGCCACGCCAACUUCACCAAGUACUUCACCGACACUUUCUGGUCUGACCCUGUUCUUUCACGUGUCUUCGCUUCUAGAAGGCCCUGUUACUUCAACACGGGCGUGAUGGUGAUGGACAUGGUGAGGUGGAGGGAGGGAAAUUACAGGAAGAGGAUCGAGAAUUGGAUGGAGUUACAGAGGAAGAAGCGGAUUUACGAACUGGGUUCGCUUCCUCCUUUCUUGCUGGUUUUCGCGGGGAAUGUUGAAGCUAUCGAUCACCGAUGGAAUCAACACGGGUUAGGCGGAGAUAAUGUGCACGGUAUAUGCAGGUCGUUGCAUCCAGGUCCUGUAAGUCUUCUUCAUUGGAGCGGGAAAGGGAAGCCAUGGGCGAGGCUAGAUGCGAAGCAACCUUGCCCGCUGGACAGUCUCUGGGAGCCGUACGAUCUUUACAAGCCACCACAGAGACAUCAGAACAGUGGGAGGGAUCAGCCAUGGAGCUUCUCAUCUUCGAUAUUGGUUGGAUAUGCUCAUGAUUUGUUGUGAUGAAGUGAUUAGGAUUCUUUGGUAGCAAGCAGUGUACAGAACUGGGAGAUUGAUUUGGGAGGGGGGGGC